AGACAUUAUUAAGAUGUAUUUGGACAUGUUAAAACAGUCUGGUUCAAUUCUUCUUCACAUUGCGGAGUUCAAAGAAUCCAUGAAUAUUUUCAUCUUCAUGGUAGUCGAAUCAUACAGGUAUUAUCUUGGACUUCCUGAGAAAGAUUCGGAUGAGUUCGGAAUGAUGACACCACAAUUCCAGGAACACAUGCGAAGCUUCUUCUGGACAACGAAUAUGGAAAUAGAUUUCAACAUAUGGAUUGAGAGCUUUAAUACUGGUCCUCGUCGUUCCCAGGGAUCCUUAAUUACACGAUGGCUGGACGAAGCGUACGCUAAGGUUUUCGACCCGCUCAGAAGCACGUGCAGAGGUCUAAUUUGUCUUUUGGAUGCGAUGGAAAAGUUGGCUUUGGCUAUUUUAGAAGAUAAGAUGAGUAGCGAAAGGAAUAGAAGGACGUAGGACGCCUGUGACCAAAAAUCAGGAGACGGGGUCAUUUUUGUACAAUAUGUUUCAAGUUUCAACAGGAUUUUGGAUCAACUUUAAUUAAAGAUAUUUUGUUUUUAAUAUUUAAUGAAAGUCAGUGAAUGGCUGAAAACUCAGCCCGACCAAUUUCAAUCUGUAACAAUAGUCACAAUAGUACGUAUGUAGGCCUAAGGCUGACCAUAGAUUAAAUAAGUGAAAGUAGUUAAAGACAAUAUAUGUAAUUACAC